UACCAAAAUUUCUGAUCUGGCACGGAAUAUUGAAGAUAAGAAAAAACCAUGAGUUCCCCGACAGACAUCCCUCAGACACAGGCUAUGAACAAUGCAGUGAUAUCUGGCUCACCGAACGAUCACCAUCACUUUCUCGUUCCCAGUCCAGUACCCACGCGCAGGAACAGGACUUUUUCUCAGUCAGAAAGGGCUAAAGUUGGACCAGUCUACAGAGGGAAAGUGAAGGAAUUUUGUAGGCAAAAAGGACAUGGCUUUAUUAUACCAGAGGAUGGAAAACACCCUAUCUUUGUUCAUAUUUCUGAUAUUGAGGGUGAGUAUGUCCCAAAACCUGGCGAUGAAGUUACUUACAAGGAUAUCUUGAUACCCCCCAAGAUGGAGAAGAAGCAAGCAGUGCAUGUCAAAAUUACUCACCUUGCACCAGGUGUCUCUCAUGAGAAAUGGGAUAGCAGUCCAGACUUGGAAGCUCACCCCAAAUAAACCAUAGGUUUCAGAUCAGCUAUUCUCCAGCACUGAAUGUGACAUCACUACAUCAUUUGCAGCAUUUACUGAAUGUCAUUUGACAUUGAUACAGUAAUUACUAUUAACGUGCACCUUGCUAGCCAACGCAUUUUUUUUCAAGAACUUUUGGCCCAUUUUUAUAUUUUUUUCAUUGUACAGUAAUAUGUAUGUUUCGAGAUUUGUUGUUACUCUUGUACUAAAUAUAUACAGCAUUCUCUUUAUCUUUGUGUUGUGCUAUAAUGAACUUUGGUAUUGAAAAUGCAGAUAGUGUUCUUGGAU